GCUCCAGCUUUUGCGCUUCGCGACUUGGACUCUACCUUGCUACUGCCCGCCAUGGCCGAUGCGGAGAAAUACAGCAGCGACUCGGGCUCAGCGGGGUCGCGCCACCGGGAGGAGAUCUUCGAGCGCCCCAAGGGUCUGAAGGGUCUCUACAGUCAUACGGCGACUCAGGUGGCCAUGCUCGGCUUCGUUUGCUUCAUGGGACCGGGUUUGUUCAACGCCUUGAACGGUCUCGGUGGGGGAGGCCAGCUCGACACAAAGACUAGUGCCAACGCCAAUGUUGCGCUGUAUUCGACCUUUGCCGUGAUGGCGUUCUUCGCCGGGACCGUGAACAACAUCAUUGGGCCUCGGUACACCCUUUUGGUGGGCUCGAUGGGGUACUCACUGUACAUCGGAUCCUAUCUCGCCAUGAAUAUCCAUGCGGAUGCGGGCCCCUUCGUCGUUGCCGCGGGCGCGAUUCUGGGUAUCUGCGCGGGUCUCUUGUGGACCGCGCAGGGAUCUCUGAUGCUGUCGUACCCCACGGAGCAGCAGAAGGGCCGCUUCAUCGGUAUCUUCUGGACUAUCUUCAAUUUGGGAGGCGUCGUCGGCGCCUCCGUCUCCCUCGGCACCAAUUUCGAGUCCACGGCCGGCUCUGUCGGCAACAGCACGUACAUCGCCUUCCUGGUGCUCACUGGAAUCGGCGUGGCCAUCCCCAUGCUAAUGGUCAACCCGAAGACCAUGAUUCGUAGUGAUGGCACGAAGGUCGCUACCCCGCGCCACCCGAGCUGGAAGACGGAAAUUCUGGGCCUCUAUGUUACGCUCAAGACGGACCCCAUGAUCCUCCUUCUCUUCCCCAUGUUCCUCGCGUCGAACUGGUUCUACACUUGGCAAUUCAACGACUACAACGCGGGGUUGUUCAAUAUUCGCGCGCGUGCGUUGAACAACUUGGUGUACUGGAUCGCGCAGGUCAUCGGCUCGGUGGCGAUUGGCUUGCUUCUCGACCAGCCGCGCCUCUCGCGUCGGGUUCGUGCGUUUGCGGGCUGGGCCGUGCUGUUCGUCAUGGUGUUCUUCGUCCAUAUCUGGGCGUACUUCUACCAGAAGCGCUACACGCGUGAUGACGGCCACGCCCUCGUCGAUAUCUACGACUCGGGCUACGCCGGCUACAUCCUCUGCUACGUCUUCAUGGGUAUUCUCGACGCGAUGUGGCAGACGACGUCGUACUGGCUCAUGGGCGCUAUGUCGAACGACGCGGCGAAGCUCGCGCACUUUGCUGGCUUCUACAAGUCCUUGCAAAGCGCGGGUGCUGCCAUUGCCUGGAGGAUAGACGCUCUCAAGACGCCGUACAUGAACCUUUUCAUCUCUGAAUGGGUUCUGCUUGUUGCCGGUCUGCUCUUCACAUUACCGAUGAUGCAUCUGCGUGUGAAGAACCAGACGACGCUGGAGGAGGAGACGCUUGCGCGUAUGGACGACGCGGGACACAUCGCGCCCGUAGAGGAGGUCAAGAAGAAGAUUGGCGAGGCAUGAGCACCCGCCGCCAGUCCACACGAUCUCCGGCUUCACACUUACGACUUGCGAGGGUUUUUGUUGUUGUAUCUUGGUCACGUCGCUCGUUGUCUUAGCUUACGGACCUUAACUUAUUUUCAUGACAACGGAGUAGUGUACUCUGGCUCGCUAACGAAUCAUAUCGGAUACCCCCUGCACUGCGCCUGCGUGGAAGAAUGCUGACGGCAAUGCCACCGAGUCCGCUGCAUGGCCAAUGGAAGCUAGCGUGCAGUCUGCAUCGAUU